GUCGCCCGUCUCGUCCUGUAAACGUGAAUUUUGUCGAAGAUACAUCGCCAUAUGGCAAUUAAUAUCAAGGCAACUAAUCGAAGCUAGCGGAACGGUAAAGAGACAAGAACAGAAUAUAGGAAGCCAGCCGUCAAAAACGAUGGCGACAGUGGGUGACUUGAAGGAAAAAAUUGCUCAACUUGAGGCAGAGCUGGCCAGAGAACGAGAAAAAUCUGGACUCGGAAAUGUUUUGGGAGGUAGACAGAAAAUCGACCAGAUGUCUGCAGAAGUAGUGGAUAGCAAUCCGUACAGUCGACUGAUGGCUCUUAAACGCAUGGGAAUUGUUGAUAAUUAUGAGAGAAUACGAGAGUUUACCGUGGCAGUCGUUGGGGUGGGUGGGGUUGGCAGUGUAACUGCUGAGAUGCUGACAAGAUGUGGGAUUGGAAAGCUCCUGCUAUUUGACUACGACAAGGUGGAAUUGGCCAACAUGAACCGUUUGUUCUUCCAGCCCCACCAAGCUGGAAUGAGCAAAGUUGAGGCGGCAGAGAGGACGCUAAGAGAUAUCAACCCAGAUGUGCAAUUUGAAACUCACAACUACAACAUCACCACGAUGGAUAACUUCCAACACUUCCUGGACAGAAUUAGCCAUGGAAACCUGAACAGGGACGGCAGCGUGGACUUGGUACUGAGCUGUGUGGAUAACUUUGAAGCCAGGAUGGCCAUUAAUACAGCAUGCAACGAACUGGGACAGAAUUGGUUUGAGUCGGGGGUCAGCGAAAAUGCCGUCUCGGGUCACAUACAGCUGGUCAAACCAGGGGAAACGGCCUGCUUUGCGUGUGCCCCACCGCUUGUUGUAGCAGAAAACAUCGACGAGAAGACCCUGAAACGUGAGGGUGUCUGUGCUGCCAGCUUGCCUACCACCAUGGGAGUGGUGGCCGGCCUGCUAGUACAAAACACACUUAAGUAUCUUUUAGGGUUUGGGUCGGUCACGCAUUACUUAGGCUACAGCGCUCUGCAGGAUUUCUUCCCCACCAUGUCCAUGAAGCCCAACUCGGCCUGCGAUGACAGCUUCUGCAGGAAGAGACAAAAGGAGUUUCGAAAGGAAGAAGCUCUCAAGCCCAAGUUGGAGGAAGCAGUGAAAGAGGCAGAGAUUGUACACGAGUCCAAUGAAUGGGGUAUUUCACUGGUCGAUGAGUCAAGCAUUGAUGACCUCAAGACAAAAGCGGCCCCGGAACUUGCCUCUGGCUUAUCUUACGCCUACGACAGACCCGAUGAAACAACGAAGGAUUCUGAUGAAGUGGUCACAGACACCAACCAGUCCUUAGAGGAGCUGAUGGCACAAAUGAAGUCUCUCUAACGAUAUGUCAGUGUAGCAUUCCAUAAUUACUUAUUUAUAAAAAUGUAUACUUGCGCUUGUAGCCCACUUCCCACACAGAAUGAGAGUGAAGUCAGAAUUGACAGCUACGUCUGUUCUCAAAAACAACAUAGGUUUGUCUUAACGUAAUCUUAACAUACCCAAAGUCCUGGCCAUCAGGAAAAAAAAUCUGAACAAAGAGUAAGGAUUUCAAAGCCCCCCCAAAUCAGCAUGUUACAUGCACUGCCAGUGUAUUGAGUCCAUAUCAUUGAGUAAGAACUAAGCAAGGUCUUUGUCACUGCUUCUGUUUAGACAAUUGUAGAUUUUACCAGAAAAAUUAUACUUGGUAUUAAACUUCACUCACGUUUUGUGGAAGCAGGUUACAUCCCGCUUAACUCCAUUCAUCAUGCAUUGUAUCUGUUUGACAGAGUUAGAUUUUAAGUUUAUAAAAUACAUCAAGACAAGUUGCACCGCAAAGAUGGAUAUUUAUUAUAGACAAGACAGGUGACCAGUCUAGUUGAGACCAAAAUGUGAUUAAAAAAUUCUUAAAACUCUUGCCACAAUAUCUCACAACUGUGGCUAAGGCACCUCUGGCAUUCAUGCUGUGUGCGAGCCUGAUUCUUGGAGCACUGCUAGAAAUUUUUUAAGUGUAUAGAGAUGUUGAGGUUUCAAGGAAAUAUCUCAAAUAGGUAGUGUCAGCAUGAUUUGGUAUCAAUAAUCUUCAUCAGAAAUAAGGCUAGCACAUGAAAGCCAUGAGUAAAGGGAAACAUCACAUUCAGCUGGGUGAUUAAGGAUACAUGUAAAUGUAUAGACAUACAUGUACACAUGUAUCCUUAAUCACCCAGUAUAUAUGUGUAUGCUGGAAAAAUUUGCUUGAACUUUAAAACUAUUUUCAAAAUGCAUGCUUUCCAAAGGAAGUGUAUCACACCCAUAGCAUUGCCACGUACGCAGUUUUAAGCAUGUAUACCUAAUGUAUUUUUAUGAAUUUUUAACCAUUACAACUUAACUAUUACAUGUACACCCAAAUUGCAUGAGGCACAAACACAGUUCUAUCGUAUUACAAAAAAGAGAAACUUUGUUUCCAUUUUUGGUCCUCAGUGUGGACACACUUGGAUCCAUCUAUAUGCAUCCUUGCAUGGGUAACAUUUUCACCAAGUUUUUGUGCGUGUAAGAAUUUGGUCCUCUCAAGCCCAGAACAAGGUUGUGUGUUUCACACUUGUACCAUUGGUGUGGAUGAAGUACUCUUCCAAGUACUGUCUAGAGAAAUUGACAGCCAACCUGUGGAAUUUUAGAGCUGGGGAUAAGGUCAGGCCCAGAAUGGAUAAAACCCUGUCACUCAAAUUGUCUGUAAAAGCGUUGUCAGGUUAUUUACUGCAGCCUUCUUUCUUAAAAAAAAGCAUCAUUCAAGGUAAAAAUUAUUUACAAAUGUAUCAACUUCAUCAUAUAGUAUAAAUGAAUAAAUAAACACUGUAUAUUUACAGAAUACAAAUACUGGAAGACAGUCAAGAUGCAUUAAGUAAAGGCGAACAGAGCUUGAACAAAUAUUCAGUCAAA